AUGGAUGCCUAUCGACAGCACGAGCUACCGGAGACAGUCAAACGCUACAAGCAAUACACCGACGCAUUCCAAGAAUGGCUAAUGAAAACUGCCGUUCAGCGUGGCGUAGAGAGCGCCGCACAGAUAGCUGAGCAAGCCAAGACAAAGAAGAAGGGCAAGAAAACGUACAAAAUGUCGGCGGCGCAACAGCAGAUUCUGGUAGAUGGUAUCGCUAGCUCAAAAGAGCCACUCAGCGACACUUCCGGACUACGAGACUUACAAGACGCCAUUCGAUCGCGAAAAGAGGUCACGCAAUACCACAAACACUCCAGCACAUGGGACACCGGCCAUGCUUUCUUCAACGUUGUAUUGGAAAGCGCACAUACGAAGCUCACGACCUUCAUAAGCCUCAUUCCUGUCAUGCUCAAGUCACAGGAUCUCGAGGACGAGGCUUCGACUUUCAUCGCCUAUCGUUUCCAGCGCGAUAUUGAGAGCGACGAUGAUGACGAUGAUGUAGAGCCGACGCGUUCCGAUCAGACUUCCCGGCCAGAGCAACAUCAGGAGGAUAUCCCGCUGCCUUCAAAGAGCAAGGAGAAGGGAGAUCCCAUGUCUGAGAAAGAUGCCGAACUUCGCCGCGACUUCCUGGUUCUUUGCUUCCUAUACGAGCUCAACCGUGUACGGGAGAUUGUCCGAGAAGCUUGGAUGGCAUACCGUGAAGAUGAAGCCACAUCAAUCACGGCGGCACUUGUCACAGACCUUGCCCAAAGUUACAUCCAGCAAACCGUCGCUGCAUUAGUCGAAGACUUGGCUUCUUAUGACUCCGUGCUGCAGCUGCCGCUGUCCACAAUCGUACGCCAACUAUUUGCGAGGCUAUCUGGAGGUGACACAGCACCGAAGACUGUUACUCCGCCGUCUGGAUUGUCAGACACAGCUUUACGGCAUCUCUUGUGUAUCAAGGCACUUGAUCACCUUGACGCAUACGCAAAACCCAAGGCUCUGAAGAAAGGCGCUGCUCGCGAUGCCCCGGAUCCAAAACUGCCCUUCCUGCCAUUUCUACGACAUUUCGAUGCUAUCCGGAAGAAACAAGUAGCGUUGCCUAUUUGGGACAAGUUCACUGAGAGUAUGGUUCGAUACAAUGGCAUACCGGACAUGUACCUACCUUUUGGAUUCCAGAUCGUACUCGACGCCAACGAAACCAUGGGAGCCGAGUAUCGAAAGAUCAAUAAGGACGUUGUUCAACAGGGCUUCGACAUUGCCCGCCUCAUCCGUACACAUACCGACUACGAGGAUCGUAUGUGGGAGUCUGGCACCAAGCCGGAUUACAUGAGCAAGGGCAACAUGAAGUUCUCCAACGUGUAUCUGUCAUCCUUGGAUUGCCUGCUCAAUUGGAUCCAAGAAGUUCUAAAGACCAAGGAGAGUGAGCGCUGUGGGACGGCGAGCACAUACGUGGCAACCGACGCUUUCGUUUCCAUGCACCCUACGAUGGCUGGCCUGUCGAUUUGGAAUUUCAACAAGACCUACGCCGGAUUCUCUAUCACCAAAGUAAAUUGGUUCGUCACAGCCAUCUGCCAUCUCUACAACGCGGCUAUGCAGGUUGGAGGCCUCGAUGUGAUAUGGCCUGACCUUGAUUAUGUCAUGGAGCUGCAUGAAACGGAGCGCAUCUUCGUGGGCGAACCCCCAACGGAUCCGAACGACUUUCUCGAGCGCUACUACCUUAGUGCCUGCGUUUCCAGUCGCAGUUUUGCAAAAGACUUUCGAUCGACUGGUAACAACUUUCCAUCGGCUCCACCAGAGGUUAGGAAGAAGCGCGGAUUGAUGGCGCAUUUUCCUCUGGAGGAGACCAUUGGAAAGUAUUAUGGCCCGGAUAGGAAAAACGACAGAUGGCUAAAGCGCCACGCGAUCUUCAACCACCUACACAAUGUCGUAGCUGAGCUUGAUGAUGAGUUCAUCGAUGAGCACAUCCAGCUCAAAACUGAUGAGCUCUCUGAGCUACGAGACAACUUCGAAUCUAUGAUCAGCAAGAUGGCGCCAGGAAAAUCAAAGAAUCGCCGCAAGAAGAACACUAGAGUACGUCCUCCAAAGGUGACUGAAAUCGACACCACAUAUCCUGAACUUCUUCGUACGAUGAACAUCUGUCUUCAAGCCAAUGAAAUCCACAGCAAUUUCGACUACCUGGCUCUCUAUCGGCGCGCUCACGCUCUUGUGCUGAGGAUCCGUAAAGAGGUGCUAUACGAUGAGGCAUUGCAGCUCGCUCGACGAGGCGACAUUCGCAAAGAGCACGUUCCGUCCAACUCGGAGCUACUGAUCGACCUGUUCCGCGCGCUCAAGAUCAAGUCAAAGGACAAAAAGAUCGAACCGACUGGCGAUGAGCUCUCUACCGAUGUAGUACCAUUGGAACAGCUCAAGCGCAUCGCUAGAAUCAUGAAGGAGGUCAUCAACGAAGAGGGCAGCGAAGAGCUCCGCCGUGCGAAGAUGCGCCGGGGUCGAGAUUGGGACGGACUGAAAGCCGCCUAUGCUGCAGAUGAUGCCAAGGGAGACAACCAUAUACCUCAGCCAGAAGAUGGGCCGCAGCCUCCUGCUGAACCAGAAGAGAAUAUAGCGCUGACAGAGGAAGAGAAGACAGAGGUCGACGAUGUCAAGGAGUCAGCCGACGAUGUCGAGCAACCUCCAUGUCUCCCUCCAGGCCACUGGCCAACCGACCUGAAAGAAGAGCAGGACGAUUGUGACACAAAGGUGUCAUCAAAUAUCGCAGACGAAGACACCGAAGAGUCCGAAGAAUCGACGGCUGAGAACUCUAGUGUCUCUGGCGAGUGCCCAGGCUGUGAUAAUUGCACUGCUAGUGACUCAGAUCCCGAGGUGAACUCCACUGGCGACACUUCGAAAACCGAUACGAAACGCGAUGAUCAUGACAUUCUGGAUGCCCACCGAGAACCCUCCAACGCACGUAUGGAGACUGGGGGUCCCAAAGAGAAGCUACACCAAGCUCACGGGGUCGAUGAAGCAGACACGGAUAUUCAAGAUCCAGAACCGAGCAAGGUUGACGAUCACACUGACCCCGCUGAGGAAGCAGUCUCUGGAGUUUCUGCGGAGCGUGUGCUUUGUCCAACUCAGGACGUGGCUGAGCAAACUGUUACAGGAGCAUCGAUUGACGAGCAGAAGCCAUCUGAUAUCACGAUCGAUAUCACCGAGGAUGAUUCGGAAACACCUCAAGAUUCUGAGGAUAUGUGCCGCAGAUUGGGGCUGCCUGUUCACCACCAUCAUGGAGAUGGCAGUCAUGUCCGUGAAGAGUGGGUCCCAGUCUCUGCUGCCACUUUCGAGGAGCUCCUCAAAGCCUUCAAAAUGAACAAGGCAAAACAUAACAGCAAGCCCCAGGGCAUAUUCCACCGCCUCGUCUACUGUCGGAAUGCCUUGCGAAAGCGCCUCGUUACAAUCAAGCGCACCUCUGCCGCCCCUCAUCUCACUCUUGCUCGCCGCCGCAAGGGAUACCGUCGCCGGUCGAUCGUCGUCACGAGGAAGCAUACCAUCUCGCUUAGAUGCUAUGCCGCCUGUUCGCUAGCACGUGCACUAUUGGGAAAGAAAUCCAAGCUGCAGUGCCGUCUACAGGAAGCUACCAAGGCAGUCCUUGCUCAAGAGUCAUAUGCGUCACUCGACUUGCAGGCGGCGUGGCAUACGGCCUCGGCUACUGUGCCGGAGAAGUCUGAUGUUGGGGAUCAUGUGUGGGUAGAUGAUGCUGCCAGCGUCGUACCCACGGGAGACAUGGUACGUGCAAUCGCUAAGUAG